CAGAAAUAAAAAGUCGCUGUUGUUACAACAGACUGAAGACAGUUUGGCAUAUAUGGGGCCUGCUGUCGAUAAAAAACUCUCAUAAAACAAAUUAUACAUUUGGACAAACACUACCCGGAAUCAUUUAGUGCGACACAGGGGAUUAAUGGCUGCAGUCAAUGUACGGAUCUCCUCUCAUUGUUUACAUUUCGAAACGGUAUGUUGUUGGUGUUUUUGAGGCUGUCACUGACACAGGAUCAAACCUAACCCCGCAAUGAAGACAAAUAUAGCUAAAUGAGUGUGAAAAGAUUAUCCGUGAGACAGUACAAGUCGACCAGCGGCGAACUAGCCCUGUGUGCUAACUAUCCCAGCUCCAUCUUUCCUGUGUCGCCCGCUGCUCCAGAGAUGGCAAGUUAGUCUUCACCUUUUGUUUGGCUUUCCUCCCGCUCGGAUCUCAAGGACACCCAAAUGACUGAGGAGGUAUAGCGCCAGGUGAGCCUGAAGGCCAGACAAAAUCUUCGUUUGAGCAAUAUCACAGGGUGCACGAUGUUUAGUGUACCUCAAAGCUCCAAGUCCGAGUUCCUGGAUAAAGCCAGGCAGGCCAGGGAGGAAAGGAAAGGACAGAAGGACAAGGAGAAAGCAGCAAUCCACAUCCAAGCCCUGGUCAGAAGAUUUCUCUGUCGCUGCCGACUCCAGAAGCAAAUACGGAAAGAGGUUGAUGACUAUUUUCAAGCCUCUGAAACUGGGACAACAAAAAGAAAUGCACUUUCAAUUUUCAAAAUAGCUCGGAAAUUACUAUUUGUAUAUCGCCCAGAGGAUAAGAUGAGGUUCGAGAAGCUCUGUCGUGCAAUCCUUGCCAGCAUGGAGGUUGAAAAUGACUCUAAAGUCUGGUAUGUUUCCUUGGCUCUCUCCAAAGACCUCACCAUCCCCUGGCUCAAACAGAUAAAAGACGUGCUAUGGACUUGCUGUCAACUACUUAAAAAUUUAAAGCCUGACAUACUUCAGGACAAUAAAUUGGUAACGCUGUACCUCACCAUGCUGGUGACCUUCACGGACACUUCAACCUGGCGGAUAGUCAGAGGGAAGGAAGCUCUCAGACCUGCUUUGACAAGGAUUUGUGAAAAUAUAAUGGGCCAUCUGAAUCAAAAGGGAUUCUAUUCAAUACUUCAGAUCUUGCUGACCAAUGGCUUGGCUCGUUCUAAACCGUCUCUCUCCAAAGGCACUCUAACAGCUAUCUUCUCUUUGUCAUUACGGCCAGUCGUUGCUGCUCACUUUUCGGAUAACCUGCUAAGAUCCUUCCUCCUUCACAUCAUGUCAGUCCCAGCUGUCGUAUCUCACCUCAGUGUGCUUACCCCAGAGUGUAUGGCAUCCAUCCAGACGCAUGACCUGCUUCGGAAGUUCAUUCUGUUUCUCAGCCGAGAAGAACAGUGUUUGGACAUCUGUGUGUGUCUUGAGGGGAGCCACACUCUCUGCUUACUUGGCAACCUGAUUCAUUUGGGCUACCUGAAUGAGAAAGUCCUUGAAGAGGAGGCCAACCAUUUUGUGAAGGACCUGACAGACAUGCUGUCCUAUUGCCAGAGAUAUGUGUCCCAAAAGAAGUCCAACCUUACCCACUGGCAUCCUGUCCUGGGCUGGUUCUCCCAGACUGUAGACUACGGUCUAAAUGAGUCAAUGCCGCUGGUCACUAAACAGCUUCAGUACCUGUGGGGUGUUUCUGUCAUUCGGACGCUCUUCAGUGAUGUCCUGUCUAAAAAGCUGGAGAGUCAGGAGCCCACUCCCCCGCCCCCGCAGCCUAGCACAUCACAAAACAAUCUACCAGUUAAGAACCUUUUCAAGCGGGCAUUUCAGAAGUCGGCUUCAGUGCGGAACAUCCUGAAACCUGUCGGAGGGAAGCGAGUCGACUCAGCUGAAGUUCAGAAGGUGUGCAGCAUCUGUGUGCUCUACCAGACUGCUCUGUCUACGCUAACACAGAUACGACUCCAGAUACUCACCGGUCUGACACAUCUUGAUGACCUUUUGCCUAAACUCUGGGCCUUUAUCUGUGAGCUCGGUCCACAGGGAGGCCUCAAACUCUUCAUGGAAUGUCUAAACAAUGACACUGAAGAGUCCAAGCAGCUCCUGGCUAUGCUCAUGCUCUUUUGUGACUGCUCACGGCACCUCAUCACAAUUUUAGAUGACAUUGAAGUCUAUGAAGAACAAACAUCUUUCAAGAUAGAGGAACUCAUCACUAUCUCCUCAUUUCUGAACACAUUUGUGUACAAGAUGAUAUGGGAUGGCAUAUUAGAAAACGCUAAAGGAGAGAAACUGGAGUUGUUCCACAGUGUUCAUGGCUGGUUGAUGGUGCUUUAUGAGCGCGACUGCAGGCGAAGAUUCACCCCUGAUGACCACUGGCUUCGCAAGGACCUGAAGCCCAGCCUGUUGUUUCAAGAGCUGGAGAAAGGCAAGAAAAGAGCUCAGCUUUUACUGCAGUACAUCCCACAUGUCAUCCCACAUAAAAAUAGGGUGCUGCUGUUCAGAAACAUUGUUACAAAAGAAAAAGAAAGUUUAGGACUGGUGGAAACAAGCUCAGCUUCACCUCAUGUCACCCACAUAACCAUUCGUCGCUCACGGAUGCUGGAGGAUGGAUACGACCAGCUCCGCAGAUUGCCGGCAAAUUCCAUAAAAGGCGUAAUUCGUGUGAAGUUUGUCAAUGAUCUGGGAGUAGACGAGGCUGGUAUUGAUCAGGAUGGUGUGUUCAAAGAGUUUCUAGAGGAGAUCAUUAAGAAAGUGUUCAAUCCUGCUCUCAACCUGUUCAAAACUACAAGUGGAAACGAAAGGCUGUAUCCUUCACCCACGUCUUACAUCCAUGAGAACCAUCUGCAGCUGUUUGAGUUUGUGGGGAAGAUGCUCGGGAAAGCCAUAUAUGAGGGCAUUGUUGUGGAUGUCCCUUUUGCCUCGUUCUUCCUCAGUCAAGUCUUGGGUCACCACCACAGCACUUUCUACAGCUCCAUUGAUGAGCUGCCCUCGCUGGACUCUGAGUUUUAUAAGAACCUCACUUCCAUCAAGCGCUAUGAUGGAGAUGUAGGAGAUCUAGGACUGACGUUAUCCUAUGAUGAGGAUGUUAUGGGGCAGCUUGUCUGUCAUGAGUUGAUACCCGGGGGCAAAACCAUGCCAGUCACCAAUGAAAACAAGAUCAGCUACAUCCACCUCAUGGCUCACUUCCGGAUGCACACGCAGAUUAAGGAGCAAACGGCGGCUUUCAUUCGGGGCUUCCGCAGCAUCAUUAACCCAGAGUGGUUGCACAUGUUCUCCACGCCUGAGGUUCAGCGUCUUGUCUCGGGAGAUAAUGCUGAGAUUGAUCUCGAUGACCUCAAGAAACACACGGUCUACUAUGGAGGUUUUCACAGCAGCCAUCGUGUUAUCAUCUGGCUGUGGGACAUCCUGUCCAGUGACUUCACUGCUGAAGAGAGGGCUAUGUUCCUUAAAUUUGUUACCAGCUGCUCCAGGCCGCCUCUUCUAGGUUUUGCCUACCUCAAACCACCUUUCUCCAUCCGUUGUGUGGAAGUUUCAGAUGAUCAGGACACCGGAGACACCCUCGGCAGUGUUCUUAGGGGCUUUUUCACUAUCCGCAAGAAGGAGCCUGGUGGUCGACUUCCCACUUCGUCAACGUGCUUCAACCUGCUCAAGUUGCCCAAUUACAGCAAGAAGAGCAUCUUGCGCGACAAGCUGCGCUAUGCUAUCAGUAUGAACACAGGCUUUGAGCUCUCCUAACUGUGUUGCACCAAGACAAUCUUCACAAGGGGGUUGUGUUAAGCAGCCUGAGCCGAGCAAGAGGUUCGGCUUACAUGGACUGGAGCCUGUCAAGUCAACAGGCCAUCACAUAAACAAAAGGGGGUGUCAUGAAGGACCUACAAACUCUCCUUUUGUCUCUUUUUCAAACUGGAUGAGCUCUGCUCUACUUCAGUCCACUCCCUCACAUCAAAGGGGAUGCUGUCUCUGCAGCACAAUCCAAUUUUUAGCAUCUCCCUUUGCCACUCUCAAAAUUCAAUAUGUCAUGUAUUUAACUUGAUGAAAGACGGAUACACAGUGGCUAGAUCUCUGUUUCUCAGGCUUAACAGAAUCACGCUCAGAUCUAACGCUCCCAUUUUAAACGAACUGGAAAGCAAUACAGAUGCAAUGCAAGCCAUUAGACACGUGGUCGACUCACUCAAGUGGAACCAAGCAUUGUUAAUACACGUACAAGCUUGGACUCCAUUACCCAAGCAACUUUUAGCUGAUAUUGGAUGAGUCGUAAAAUGUUUUGCUGAACAUAAUGCAUCUUUUAUAAAUGGAAGUCAAAUCAAUGUCUGUGUUCAACCUUCGUGGAGAAGGAGCAGCUCACAGCAGCGAUCCUGUGUUGAUUACAUUACGUCCCAUUUCAAGGAAAAUCUUUUGACCGCACUACAUGUGUCCCCACUACAAGACACUGCAGUCACCUGAGAGAGAUGUUGGCCCUCUGAUUUUUAGCAUUGAAAAUGGAACUCCUGCUUCAGUUUUGGUGAAGCAGCAGAAUCCUGCUGUUUGAUUUAGAAAAGAUGUCCGUGCUGUAACAUUUACCUUUUGAGUAAAAAAGAAGCUGAAAUUGUUUGGGCACUAUUUAUAUCCGUCUAGUAAAGGAGACACCGCUGUUCACACAUCUGUGCUUGACCUCCACUCUGAAAAAACGAGUAAAGCUAAUGAUGGUGUAAGUCUUUGUACUUAAUACUAGUGAAACUGAAGAUUUCUCACUACACCUUUGAAUAACGCUCAGUGCCUCAUAUAACACCACCCCCCCGCUCUCAUAUGUCUGACAGUACUCCAAUAGUAACCAGUAACCACGUGUAUCGGAAACAAGCCAUAGAUAUGGGGGCUACGUACCUGGACUUAUUCUCUGCUCCGACUAACAAAAAAAAAUCUGAAAUCCAAACACUCUACUACAACAACAGCAACGACCGAGGAGGGUUUCACUGCAAUGCCCUCUGAGCUCUGUGGACGUUUUAAGCCAUGUCGAAAAAGAAUUAGAGGUUUGAAAACCUCUCAACAUGAUGUCAUGGACUGGUUCGUCAACCAAAUGUGACUGUGCUUGAUUUGAUGUUCCCUUGGAUGGAAAUGUUGCACACCUUUCUGCUGUUUGUGGCUGUUGGUGGAGGGAGAAGGGACAUGAGGGUGAAUGUCACCUUAUCAGCCUAACUUUACACAGGGUUUCAUUACAUCAUAAAGUUAAGGAAGUUUACCAGAAAGAGGACUGCAGCUUUCAAAGAAACUAUCAAAUCUUUACUAAGUUCUUUAUUAUGCAAAAAAUGUUUUCUUGUCAUGAAUGAGUAUGGAUACUUGUUAAUAAGUAACACAAGCUAUAGAAAAUACUGGUCAUUAUUGCCAUGUUUCUAACUAGUAUCGUCAUGGCCGUUAACUUGUGUGAAAACAACAAAAAAAAGUGAUUAUAAUUAUAUAUAACACCGGUUGUACUAAAUUUACUCGCAGUAAACUAAUGAGAUUAAAAUAUUUUCAGAUCUGACAAAUCAGUCAUGAGGAUCUUGCUCCAUUCUCCACCUUUUAAUCUGUUCCAGCAACAAGUGGAAACACUGCAAAUGGAUGCGCACGACAUGCUUUACACCCAAGUCUGUGUUGGUGUGCGAGAGAGAUGAAAGAUACCUCACAAGCUUGUCUGUCUCGUGAUGAGGUCACUCAUCUGUUUAAAAAUGAUGUCAAGAGUAGGCUAGACUUAAAGUGUACCAGUGGACUGCUGAUGCUGACCUUUGACUAUCCGCUCUUUUAGUACAAAAAAAAAAAUAAAAUAAAAACGAUUCUGGAAAUGUUUCCACCAUUCCUGUGAAAGUUUUCAUCUCUUUUUAAAGUGUCUUUGAGACUGGCUGCACUACAGUAUGGAGCGUGUUGUUGUUAAAACAGAUGUAAGAUUUGUCCAUGUGUAAGAUACUUUUCCCCCUGUAAUGUUAACUCAUGUACACCAGUAUAAUAUAAAUCAUUUCUUUAAAUCA